AUGCCAAACAUCCGAAAACUUGCGUUACCAAUGUGGAAAACUCUAAAUCUGAAUUCAAUUCAGGAAGCCUUUAGUAAAUGGAAGAAUCUCCAAACGUUGACUAUUGCCCCACUUAUAUCGCUAGGUGACACCUUGAGCCUUGAGCUUCAAGCCAUUGGAGACAACUGUAGAAAUCUUACCAACAUAAAAUUCCUAUAUCGGUUGGACAAAGACUUGGCCAGUAUGAUUGUUUGUAGCUUUCCAAGCCUGGAGCGACUGAGCUUUCGAUGCUCUUAUGCAUGUGUAGAUGCAGCAAUAUCGCUCAUCAACGGCCUCCCAAACCUCAAAAUAUUUAAUCUUUCACAUUGUAUUUUCACGCAACCGAACAAGAUCCGGAACAAGAUCGACGAUAAUCGUGUUUCCGUACAACCGAACGGGGUCGUCGGCAAGACGUUUAGGGUAUUAGGCAUGAAACCUGAAGAGGAACUUGUACAAACCGGCACUAAAAAGCUUGUCAGAUUUAUGGUAUGUGCUUCGGACUGCACAAUUUGUCAGGAUGUGUGGGAACAUUUUGGACUGUAUAAUCCUGACCGUCAAACGCUAGAGUUACGCUACUUUCGAGAGGAACAAUGGAAAACCGAUGAGAUAAAAGAAUUUGAGUUUUAA